UAAGAGCGCUUAAGUAGAGGGAAUAAUUUUUCUUUUGUUAGGAGGUUUUCCUAGUUAGCUGCAUUCUUUUUGGAAGUUGUUUAACCUCACAAGAUUAUGCUGGUUUUAAAAACAUUCACCAUUGAAAUGGGUUCAUUUAAUUAAUUUCUUUUUUCUUGUUGACAUCUAAGAAAAUGGACGAUGAUGAUGACAUGCCCCAGCUUUCAUCCCAUACAUUGGCUGCCCUCCAGGAGUUCUAUUUGGAACAGCAGCAGAGAGAGGGCAUGAAGACCUCCCAAGGGUUUAAUCAAUAUUCCAUUGGCUCAAUAGAAGAAGACUGGCAACUGAGCCAGUUUUGGUACAGUGAUGAAACUGCAUCAUGCCUGGCUAAGGAAGCAGUUCUGGCAGCUGGAAAAGGUGGCAGGAUAGCAUGUGUUAGUGCACCAAGUGUGUACCAGAAACUGAAAGAACAGGAUGGUGAGGAUUUUUCUGUGUGUAUACUGGAGUAUGACAGAAGGUUUUCUGUGUAUGGAGAAGAGUUUAUCUUCUAUGAUUACAACCACCCUUUGGACUUACCUGAAAAUCUCCUGCCACACAGUUUUGACGUCGUAAUAGCAGAUCCACCCUAUCUGUCUGAGGAAUGUCUUCAAAAGACUGCAGAGACCAUCAAAUACCUAACAAAAGGAAAGAUUCUGCUUUGCACAGGUGCAGUCAUGGAGGAACAGGCAGCAAAGCAUCUUGGUGUGAAGAUGUGCAAGUUUAUUCCAAAACACUCGCGAAAUUUAGCCAAUGAAUUUCGAUGCUAUGUGAACUAUGCUUCUGGACUGGACUAAUUCUCCUAAGAUCAUCUACAAAUCUACUUUUCUUUUGAAGCUUUUUCAGUCAAGCUUCUUUCUGUUUACUGACAGUUAUGCCACAUUUCUGAGGGCUGACAUAGUCAGCUCUGAAUACUGUUUUCUGGCAUAGCUGGAAUCAACACAGUGUGAUAGCCUCUCUCUUUUAAAUGAGUAAGCAUUUGCAGUUACUGUGUUUUGUAUUAGGUAAAUGCAGACCAGGCAAUGCAGGUGCUGGAUAAUGGGAACUUCUUUGUUUAACUUUAACUGGUAGCUUUUACUAUAUGAGGACACAUCAGUGACCUCUUUGAAGUGAAUUUAGCUUAUAACAGCACAUAGGUGUUUGCCUUGCAGGCAUCAGAAUCGUCAUUGCCAAAGAGCAUGGUACUUCUGUAGUAAUGUGACCCACACAUGUCCCUUAAAUCUUGAAUCCUAAUGGCUCUGAUUAAAUAUAAUGCCUGCUUUUUAAUAAUUUCAACAUCAAACUAAAGAGGAUCUACAGGUAUGUCAAGUUACACGAAUGGUUGCGAUUUUUUUUCCCAGUUGCCUGAUUUUAUCUUUUUCUCCUGUUCCACAGACAGCAGCAGAGCAGUAGAAUAGAAGCAUCUUAAAAAUCAUUGAAUCUUACAAGGCCACUGAAGAGUAAUAUAUUGAUAAACUCCCAUUGUUUCAAAUGGAAAAAUGUUAGAUUUUAUAUUCAAGGUUUGGUCUAUAUUUCAGUCAAAAUAGAUAAUGCAUUGGAAAGGGUUUGCUUUGCAUAAGUAGAGAUUUUUGAUAACUGGGAAUUUUAAAGCCACUUUUGACUAGCCUUUUGACUACACUACUGAAGUAUUUUUGGGUGGAGAUUAGUUCAUAAAUUUCAAGGCACUCAACACUUUUAUAAUCUCUAAAAAUACUACAAAACACAAGCACUUGUCUUUGUAUGUGAUACUAUGUAAAAGUUAACAGAAAUGCUGCAUCUACAAGACAAAUCACAUAAAAUCAAGUACUAAAUUUAUUUGUAGUGGGGAUAAGCCUAAUUAAGCUUGUGAGAUGAGACUUUUUAUAAAGCAGUGAUAAUACUCAUGUUUCUGCUGUUUGGAUGCAAAUUUUCCCAUCUGGUGGAGUAAACAGCUGAGCAGGAAUAAUAUAGAUGGAUUCUAAUUCUCUCUCAGUGCUCAGAGAAUGGUGUUGUCUGAGCUGAACACAAAAGUGGUUCAUAAACACCCACCCAAUCCACCCUAGCUCUCCUCCCCAUUUUCCAAGAGAUCUGUUUGCUUCCUAAGGCCUUUCUCUUCUCACAUUUUAUACCUGCUGCUGCCUCCCUGCAUGCAGUGUUCCUGGGCUCCAUGGUAACAUUUUUCUUCCUCUUGCACACGCCUUGGUUUCCGUCAGGCUGGUCACAGGGGUUGUUAAAACAAGGGAAGUGCAGUGAGGAAAUGCUCACAGGGAGAACAGGCACUGGCCUCUCCUUUCUGCUGUGUGAGCCAGGGCCCAUACAGUCUUGCCUUUCAAAGCAGAUGCCAUCCUUGCUGCUGAGCCAGAAUUCCCCUGAAAAUGACUGUCCACAGGUGAAAUACACCUGGGUUUAGUUGUUUUCUGGGAGGCUACAUCAUCACUUUCAUGUGGCCAGUUUGACAAUAAAGCAAACCAGAAUGGUAACUGCGUAGCUCUUGGCACUAACCUGUACUUUAAACUGGUUCAUUACCUCAGUGUCUUGCACACCAAGCAGAUGGAGAUGAUGAAGUAACUCAUGAAACUUUGUUUUGAACUGCAUAAAGGCUUCAAGUGGGACAGGCAUGAUUGCCAGAAGGGAUGAUACUGUUCCCCUGCCACCCACCUAAAUUAGAAUGUGCUGUUCAAAUCAAAGCCUCACCUGUUUUGCUGUUUUAUUUGCUUCAUUUUGGUAAAUGUGUAUUAUUGGGCUCUCCAUGGCAGAGUUAAAAGUCAACUUCACUAACUUCAUCAGAGAUAUUUCUUAAAAAGAUAAAAGUGCACCAUUCAGUUGUACCAAGAAGUUCACUUCCAAGAAAAUCACUGCUGCUUCUAACAUGUAGGUCAGACAGCUUUGAAAAGGGGCACUGUGAAGAUGCAUAGUUACGGAACUGAGGGUGCAUGGAAAUCUGUGCAGAUGCACUCAACAGAGCAGCCUGUUGUCCACCAGCCUCCCUCUUAAAAGCCUGGGGACUGCAGGCAGCUGCCCAAGUAGAGCUUGACUAGUGGCAUUUACAGCCUUCAUCAGUGAUGGGUGGUAAACUAUUUUUGUCUAACUUGAUUCCAAGGAAGUAGCUGUUUCUGAGAAGGGUACAAGUCACAAAAAUCCAUAGUGAAUUUGUGUUUUGUGCCAGCAUGGUAUCUUUAAGAAAUAGUACAUGACAGCAAAACCCUCUUUUCUUCUGUAACAGGAUUGUGAAUAAAAAUAUCAGUGUCAAGCA